AUGGCGUCCUUUGUUUCGGUUGCUGGAGAGUCUUCAAAAUCCUUGACCAAUUCACCACUGCUUUACGUCCAUUGUCUUUCCAAAGACGACUACCCUGUUCGCCCUCUUGAUCUGAGUUGUGUGGACCUAACUUGUCGGCAUGCUCAUGUGAGUUUUAUAGAUAAAAUGGCAGAAAGAAGGGUCGCUCUAAUCCCAGUCGCGAAUACCCGCUACCGUUUGGUCGAUAAACUAACAGUCAGAAGCCCGGUUUUGGUUUCUUUAAUCACUACCUGUGACAUGAAGGUGAGUUAUAUGUACCAUACAUUACUUGAAAGAAUUUUGCCGUAUAUUUUCUUUUGUCCCUGCACUUGAAUCACAAGGGUUGCGAAUUGUCAUUAUAGCUAGCUAGAUUACAACAGCUUAUUUAAGCUUAAGUGAGGCUCACAGUUUUCCUAUUUUUUUUUUUAGUUUAUAGAUCCUAGAGAGGACGAUGGCCCGUACUACGAGGGUGCAAUUCUUUGGGAUUUUGAAGUUGUUCCAGCCCCAACAGCUGCAGUUGUUGGUCGAAAAGCAAUCACAAAUGAUGAGGAAGUUAACGAGACAUUGCCUCCGUUGGAUUUAGGAAGCGUUGUCAGAUCCAAUUGUUUUUUUGAAGGCCAUCGAUCCUGUGUUGUUGAGAUGAAUCCUGCCGCCGAUGGCGAAAGUGUGGACGAAGUAGAGGAACUCAAUGACCCUCUUCGAGACUUGUUGGCGUGCGAGGACAACUUAGAAAAAGACAGACAGUGA